UGGCUGGAGCCGGGGCUUCUAAGCUCGCGCCGGGAGUCCAAGGGCCAGUCACAAAAGCGAGUCUGGGAACCUGUGAGAGACUCCUCCAGGGAGAUCCAAUGGAGUCUUCGGCCGAGGAUGCAACCCGGGGAAAACCGAGGUGGCGCAGCCCGCAAUUGCGGGGGGCGGUGGAGAAGAAGGAGGAGCUGGAAGAGACUGAAAAGAUGCCGCCGCGUUCGCCGAAGAGGCCUGGACGGAGUGUGGAAGAGAGCCAGAGUCCAGUUUUUCGAGAGGUAAUCAAUUUUAAGCCCGAGCCCUUGCCAGCUAGAAACUAUGAUAAGAUCACCACUGAACCUGUCAGCUUUUAUUUUUCAUCACUGGAGGAGCUUCUGGCAUGGAACCCAGGUAGAGAUGAUGCCUUUAAUAUUGCUAUGAUACCCCUAGCAGAUCGCCAGCCCCCACUUCAAAGCCAGAGGCCUCGGACUCUGUUAUGCCAUGACAUGAUGGGCGGCUACUUAGGUGAUAGGUUUAUUCAAGGCUCAAUGACAGAGUCUCCCUACACCUUCUACCAUUGGCAGUACAUUGACAUCUUUGUGUACUUCAGCCAUCACACAGUCACCAUCCCUCCAGUGGUCUGGACCAAUGCUGCCCAUAAGCAUGGGGUCUCUGUGCUGGGAACCUUUAUCACAGAGUGGACAGAAGGUGGGCGGCUCUGUGAAAAAUUCUUGUCUGGAGAUCCAUCUUCUUACCAGACAGUGGCAGAUCAGCUAGUCCGCAUUGCACAGUUUUUUCGCUUUGAUGGCUGGCUGAUCAACAUUGAGAACACACUGAGUAUGGCUGCAGUGGAGAACACUCCUUUCUUCCUACGAUACCUGACUGACCAGUUGCACCAAUAUGUACCAGGUGGAUUGGUCAUUUGGUAUGAUAGUGUAGUGAAGGAUGGACAGCUAAAUUGGCAAAAUGAAUUGAAUGAAAGUAAUAGAGUAUUCUUUGACUCCUGUGAUGGUAUUUUUACCAAUUACAACUGGAAGGAGGACCACCUGGAACGCAUGGCAUCCUUUGAACUUCGCAAGGAAAAUAUUUAUGUGGGAGUGGACAUAUUUGCCCGGGGGAAUGUCGUGGGAGGUGGAUUUAACACAAACAAGUCAAUGGAGCUGAUCCGAAAGUAUGGGUUCUCAGCUGCACUCUUUGCUCCUGGCUGGGUGUAUGAAUGCUUGAGUAAUAAGGAUUUCUUCCAGAAUCAGGACAGGUUCUGGAAUUUGCUGGAGCAAUAUCUGCCCACUCACAGCAUUUGUUCUCUACCUUUUGUCACCUCAUUCGGUCUGGGCUUGGGAACACGGAGAUUCUCCUGUGGACAGGAGGAGACACUAGGACCAUGGUACAACCUAAGUGCUCAGGAAAUCCAGCCUAUCUUUGGAGAUCAUGAACUAGAAAGUGAGUCUGGUUGGGUGAAGAUUCGCAACUGCUUGAUGGAUGCCUGGAAUGGAGGAAGCUCCCUGCUUGUUCAGGGGAUGAUUCCUUCCAACACUGGGAAGGUGGCUGUGAGGCUUUUUUCUCUGAAGGUCCUAGCACCACCAAAAAUUUAUCUGUCUCUAAUAUACAAACUGGAAGAGCGUACAGAUAUCACUGUUGCAUUGGAACUCUCCACCUGGGAUGUUAGAAGAUGUAGCAUUGGGGGCGUCCCAUCUUUCGAUGCAGGGUCAAGCAUUAGGCACACUCCCCAACCUCUCCAGGUGCCCCCAGACAAGCUGCUCAGGUGGGUUGGUAGAAGUGGCCAGCAAUUCAACGGGGGCUGGAUCCAUCGCUACUACGAAAUGAAUCUUCAGGACUGCUUUUUGCAAGACAUCUUUGUUAAUUUUACAUGCCCCCUGGGUAGCCAGAAGGAUGAAAACUUUACUUGUCGCUUGGGAGAAAUCCAGGUGGUGGAUGCAAACAGCCUAAUGACACCAUUGUCCCAAGUCCGGGAUCUUACUACUUCUCAUAUCUACUGGGACCAUAACCAUUCAGAAUUGCAUAGAGGCAAAACCAAACUUCUUCUCAGCUGUACUCUCUACUGGUAUUAUCUGCUACCCCAAGCUUAUGGCUUCCGGAUCUACCAUCAAGGCGGGAAAUAUUCGCGGAGAAAGGAGUUGCUAGACUCGGAAGAGCCCAUAUUCUUGGGUCUGGCCCAUGCCAAUAUGUAUCGUGUGGUGAACCUGGAAGUAGAAGAAGCCUUAGCUGGCCAGGACUGCUUUGUAGAAUUCUUUGUGCAGCCCAUCCCCAAGGAAGGAUUCUUGGUUCCUCAGGCAGAGUGGGGCAGAUUAACCCUGCUCUACUCAAAACCUAAGGCCUAAGCAUUAAAGCAGAACUGUUUUAUUGACUCCAGAUUUUUUCCCUCAUUGUAUUGGAAGGAGGCUUGAUUCAAGGAUGCAAGUUUGGAGGAAUUGAGGCAGUGGGCACAGGGGAGGAACUUGGGCAGGAAGUUGUGGGAGGCCCAAAUAGGCCUUGGUACCUGCAUUGUAACUAAGGCACACAUAACUACUUUUAUUAUUUUUUUAAAAAUCAACUCCUUGAGGUUGAAAAUUUUUUCUCUGGUGUGGUUUGAAAACUUUAAUCAUUUUCUUGAAACUGAAAAGUUUCAAAGUAAUAGUUACAGGAAUUAAAAAUAUUUAGAUAAAGGAAAAUAGAGAAAGCUAAGAUUUUAUACUUACUUUGAGAAUGGUAACCAUUUUUCUUCACUGCAGUCUAAAUAAUGAAGGAAAUAAGUUAAAACAUAGCUUUUAGGUAAGAGGGGUAUGAGGUCUAACAUCAGAUACUACAAUAGUGCUUUUGCUGUGGGAUGAAUGCUCUGGACCUAGUAUUUUAUAAAGGCCCCACACUAGGGCAAGUUUUUGUAGAAACUCAGUCAGUACCCAUUAUUUCUUUAAGUCUAGGGACAUGAGGAGGAAGGUUCGGCAAUUUCUCCAAACUCUUCUCUGUAGAGACUUGAAAGAUUUUUUUUUUUUUAACUAUUUCUUUUCCUGUGAUUGGACUUGGCCUGAAGUUAUCUGCCUCCCUUGGCUACACCCCCACCCUGCUCUAACUAGAGGCUGUUUGGUUCAAGGACGUGUGAGGCCAGGUCAACCAUAGUCCUUUCUACCACAUAGGAUAUAGCUUGUCUCUGUCUUCUAGCCUGGUAGCUUUCAUUAUUCACCAAAAACAUCAGAUCACUUCAUUGGACUACAUCUUUUUCUACAGUCUUUUUCUCCCUUGAAAGUUUUACUAUGUGCUGAGCCCUUUUCAUCUACUGCUUUUAUUCUCAUCUCUCACCUUGCCCUUUGUUCUCCAUUUUGUCUUUGUCUUGGAUUAAUCAGUUUCAUCGCCAGGUAUCACUGAGGAGCAUUCAGCACAUUUGUUGGUUAUACUUUUCUAGCUUGUCACUAAAAAUCUUCUUGUUUCUUUUUUUCCUCAUCUCCCAUUUUCUCCUUUUCCCCAUGUUUUCCUAAGGCUUGUCACUGAGCUACCAACAAUAGGCCUUACCUAGCCAUGGCACUUUUGAGCUAAAGAGGUUGCUGAUAAUUUGGUAAAUGAGUAUACUUUCUGUCUUAGGUCUACUAACUCUGCUUCUUCAGCUACAUUCUGACUGAGUUCUUGUGAAUCUGAAGGAUUCAUAGAGCAGUGUCCCUGAAGAAUAGGAAGAGAAUCAAUAAGCCCUGCUUGUAGGACAUAGGAUCAUACAUAUAGUUCCUAGCAAUUAUAGAAGUCUCUUAUUUUGCAGACAAAGGUGAAUCACCCAAGUGAUAUAUCCACUAUCCUGGGAUAUUUUGUUAGAGCAAAAAAAUCAACUUUUGGUUUUUGUUACUGACAUCAAAAAAAAUUGCUACAUUGUACUGUGAUCCACAAGGUGGCAGCACAGAUCUCCUGGCUUCUUCUGGCCUUUGGAAUUUGGGGGCUUCUUGGAGAAUUGGCACAAUCUAAUAAUGUAAGAUGUAUGAUACCUAGAUUUAUUUGUGGAAAGAUGGCACUUUGCCUUCUUUUUCUUUAGGUAGUAUGUUUCUUCCAAAGAAGAAAUUCUUAACCCAGACUGCAAACUUAAAAAAAAAUUAUAUUUCAAUAUAAUUGGUUUCUUUUGUAAUAUUGUAAUAUAGAUAUUCUAUUUUGUGCAUAUAACAACAAUAUUCUGAGAAAGGAUCCAUAGGUGUCCCUAAACACUGCCAUAGGGGACCAUGUCUCAAAAGAGCUUAAAAACUUACAUUUGGAAGAAGGUGGCCCUGACUUCCUAUAUCCCAGAGUCCCACAUCUUCUGUCUAGAAGAAAGUAACUAUUGAGAUAGAUGUGGAUUGACAAGUUUGUUCAUCAAACAACCUAGACUUUGUUUCCUACUGAAGAUGGAAGCAAAGGCAGAUGAUGGAAAGUGAAUAUGGAAAUGUAACUUUGUUCCAUAAAAGUAGUGAGGUAUAUUAAAGUUAAGAACAAGUUGAACUUUGUGGGGAAGUGCAAUAAAAAAGACUUAAAAUUAUUCUGGAGAAAAGAGGAUGUAGUAAGGCCCUAUUGAAUGUUAUGAGGUAAUAAUAAAAGACAAUAGAUAAUGGCAGCACUUCUUAGUCUGUAUUUUCCUUCUGUUUUCUCCACCAAGAAAAAUGAUAUUUGGAGAGUUGAUACCCAAGAGAAGUAGGGAGAUAUUAAAAGCACCAGGCUGUCCUUAAUGAUCUGUAGUCACUAAGCUGAGAGAAACUAUGUCCUCUGGUAUUGAAACAACUGGAAGAUAUGAUUCUCAGCAUUCUUUGAAAGGUUGUAAAGAAUAGGAGAGGUAUCAGGACUGAAGAAGGGCAACCAUGCUGAUUUCUAAAAAUGAGCAUAGGAGCAUAGAUGUAGAGCAGGAAGGGAUCUUAAAGGCUAUCUAAAAUGAUGAGGAAGCUAACAAAAUAGAGACAUAUGGGCUAGAUAGGGUGCAGUUUGGUAGAUUUGGGGUUAAAUGAACAACUGGACUUAAAUGGUUUGAUGUUAUCUUGGAAGUUUUUAAUGGAAUGUCCCUGGGAUCCUUGCUUGGUAAUGAUUUUUGUCAAUGAUUUGGAUAAAAGCAGAUGGUAUGCUUAUCAGGUUUGCAGGUGGCACAAAGCAGGAAGGGAUAGCUGAAAGAAUCAGGAUACAGAAAGAUCCCAACAGGUUAGGACAUUGGACCAAAUUUAAAGUUUAACAAGGUUUGGGGGAUUGAAAAUUUCACUGGCCAAAAGUCAGUAAUACUGCACACAGGCUUUGAUAACAACAGUCAUGCUUAAUAAAGACAGAAAUUUGGGCUAGGUGGGAGCCUCCUAAUUCUACCUUUUGCUGGGGUUGAAGUUUAUUUAUAGCUAAACCAAAGAGGCUUUUUGGAGUGUUUCAGAUUGUUAUUCAAUAACCAAAGACUUUGAUCCGAAGCUGGUGAUUUAGGGAGGAACGGAAAAACCUAAUCUCACCCUGGGGCACUCUGCCUGGUUUUUGUUAUGGGAUUGCCGAGUCUAUGAUUCUGUCAACCUGCCCUUACAAGGUGGAGGGAGUGUUAGUCUUGAGGUACUUUGGAACAGACUACUGAUCCUACCCUAAAGAGAUGAACACACCAGCAAGUCUAGUAAAGCAUUGUACCCAGCCAAGAGUAAACCUGGUGCUAGAGCAGAAUUGUUAAUGUUACCAGAAGACAUCAGAAGUCCUAUAAUAUAGGAAGUAUCAAUUGCCCCUCACAUGUGAUUCCUGUGCCUGGACACUCUUAUAACUGGUGUUUAUAUUUGUGGAGGAACAUAUUCUGUAUUUGAUCUGUAUUGCAAAUAUUAUUAUUAUGAUAUUUCAAUAAAUGCCUUUGCUUUGAA